UAAAAUUUUUUAUUUUAUAACGAUGUCGUCAAUCUACGUGGCUCUUGCUUUAAUUCUAACAUUUAGUUUAAAUUUUUCUCUCGUUAUAAGUGAUGAUGAAGAUCUGGAUGUGAAAGGACCGUUAAUGUUCAAGAACCCAGAUGGCAGUCUCAUGACAACCAAGCAGCAGAUAGAGGCUCGUAAGUACAAGGGUGAGUCACACACAGUGACAACUGAUGAUGGCUACAUACUGACUCUCUUCAGAGUCACCCCCGCCAAGCAACCUGCCACUGUAGUUCUACUGCAGCAUGCACUACUAAUGUCAUCUGACGCCUGGGUUACUGAUAAUAAAUCCCUGGCGUUCACGUUGACGGAUGCGGGGUAUGAUGUGUGGAUGGCCAAUUCUAGAGGUAACUGCUACUCUCGCAAGCACACCACUUUCGACCCCGACAAGGAUAGGAGCUUCUGGAACUUUGGGCUUCAUGAGUUGGGAACCAAAGAUUUGCCAGCAGUGAUUGACUACAUACUCAAGACUACAGGACAGACCAAACUACACCUUGCAGCACAUUCUGGAGGCAACUCCAUGGCCUUUGCGAUGGCUUCUCAGAAGCCAGAGUACAACGACAAGCUCAAGUCACUCCAGGCUCUGUCUCCCUUUGUGUUUGUCAGCAAGAUAGCCGAGAUGAUCGGACCUGAUGGCAUGGUGGAGGCAAUGACUGCUCAGUACAUUCUUCAACAGUUUGCACUCAAGCACCACAUGUCAAUAUCAAGUCUACGUGUAUCAUCUCUGAGAGGAAAGCAGAGAUAUUUGAAGAUACUAGUCAAACAGCCUUUAAGGGCGACAACGUGUUGUGACGUUGGUGAUGUAAACAUGUUUUUAAGAGAUUGUCCAGAAUACAGAGAGGCUGCGCUACUUGAUGCGGACCACGACUGUGUUAUUCUGUUACAAUACAACUUACUGUUGCGACGGAAGAGUUUUCUGGAAAUCUAUGUUUUUCCCCAAUAA